GGAGACGAGCAGGACCCGAAGGAAGCUGGGCAUUGAUUUUGUAAGGGUUAUUCCCGUGUUGGAAAAACCCUCCAUGACCAACAAAAAGCUGGAUAGCAGACAACAAGAUAACAAGAGAUACAGCCAUUAGGAGUCAAGUAUUUUCAAAAUCAGCUUUACCUGUGAUCUAACAGAUGGAUCGAGGUUGUUAUCAGUAGACUGCCUGGGAAGUCUGGAGUUUGCAUUAACCUAACUACCAAGGAAGACUGGACAAAGCAUGCAUUUAUACAGCUCUAAUGCUAGAGCAGUCUGGAGGAGCAAAGUAUCACUGGUCAUCUGUACAUUCUGGUCAGUCUGUGCAGAGGCCUCUGCAUCCCUUGGAAGUAUCACUACACAAAGUGGAAAAGAAAAUGUUUACCUUUACAUUGGGGAGAUGCUGGAAUUAAACUGCACUUUAAAUCCAUCUGUCAGGGGGAAUGCAAGUGAUCUGACAUUUGAUGUACGAAAUAAUAUUUUGGAUGAGUCACAAGAGAGGAUUUCUAAGGAAUUUCAGCACGUUGUUGACAAUUUUACAUUGCAACUCAGGCGUGUAAUAGAAAGUGAGCACGAUGCAGGAAGCUACAACUGCUGGUUCCUUUGUGAGACAGAUGACAGUCCUUGUGAACUGAUUGACUCAGUAGAAGUUGCAGUACAGUGGAGGCCUCAGAAGGUAGAGAAUAUCACCUGCUUUGUCUAUAACUGGGACGAGAGUUUGACUUGUCAAUGGAAUCUUGGGGUGCAGUAUCUAGACCCUACAAAGUAUGAAAAUCCAGAUGUCAUCAUCAGUGCCUUCAUCAUGCCAGUUUCUUACCAGUAUGGCAGACGCCGCCGACUGGGGUCUCCAGUUAUUUGCCCUUCUCCACUGAACAUUACCAUUGAGUUCUGUGUAUGGACUGGAAAUAUGGGAUCCUCAAUAUACCAACUUGUGAUUAAUGUGACGAACACGCAACGGCAGGAAAACAGCAUCACUUCUAAGCGUCUGAAAACUGAUGAGAUCAUUAAACCCUCACCAGUUCAAGACUUAUGGCUUACUAACAAGACAAGUUCCUGUAUAUCAGCUGCAUGGAAUCAUGCACGCAUGUACCGUAAAAAGAUAUACCAUGUACAGGUAUUCUCCAGGGACGGGCAGAUGCUCCAAGAUGUAACAGAAAUAAGUGAUACUUCUCAUCAGUUUUGUGGUUUAAAUCCGUACACCGCAUACCGUGUGUCUGUUACCUGUAAACCAAAGGAGGCAGGAUUUUGGAGUGAAGGACGCAACAUCACUGUAAUAACGGAAGAAGCAGUGCCAUCCCAAAGUUUUUCCAUUCAUCCUGGGAGCUAUGUUGUGCAAAAGUGCAGCAAAGACAACAUUCGCAAUGUCACGCUGUAUUUCAUGUCCAUUCCUGAAGAUCAACGAAAUGGGAAGAUAAUUGGCUAUCAACUGCAAUACAAUGGUAGGACUGUGGAUGUGGACAGAGAGCCUCAACUGUUGGCCACAGUGGAAAAUAUUCCUUGUAAUCAGGAUGUCUUGGUGCACAUUUUUGCUCGAAAUAAAGCUGGCCUCUCAAACACCAGCUCUGCCAUUUUGAUUCAUGCAGGUGCAGAUUCUAGUGAUGACUUUUCAGUAGAGUUGUCUAAAGAUGAGCUGUUUGCUGUAUGGGAUGGCAAAGUGAGUGCUGUGAGAAAUUCUGUGAAAGUUGAAACAGAGAAUGGUGGUCGCCCCUACACCCUACAGAGUCUUGAAGAGAUGACAAUCUUCUGGUGUGAGGGAGAUGCCUUUGGAGAUACCAAACAAUGUGAGACAGAGAUUGAGUGGAACACAACAUCCUUAAAAGAGGGACGAAUGAAGUUACCCAUUCGAGAAGAAGAUUCAAAGAAAUACAUCGUUGGCUUCUCGUUUGGAAAUAGGUCCAUAAUCUGGGCAAGCUGUCUUUACAAAGAAGAUGGAGUUCCACCAGAAGCACCCAAGGAUGUAAGGGUCGUGAACGGACAGGAAAAAUUUGAAGUUCAGUGGCAAAGCAAAGACUGCAGUUACAGCUAUCCAUAUCACAUUACAGGGUACACUGUACAAAUUUGUGAGACAAGCAACUGUGCUGGCACCACUCGCACUGUGCCAGUUGAAGGAGGCAGCAGCCGCCACACAUCCAUCUCUGCCAUUCCUGGCUUUCAGUACAACUUGUCCUUGCAAGCCGUCACAUCCACUGGAGAAGAGGGGCCAUGGUCUGAGUCUACACUUGUGAAGCUUGAUGAGAACUCCAGCAGUGGCGAUGUGGGCCUUUUAGGAAUACCUUUUGUAGCAGCAGCAGCAACAGCCCUUGUGGCUUCUAUCAUUGUGUGCAUAGUGAUCAAAUUCAGACAGUGUAUGAUUUCUCGGAAGGCCAAAUUUCAAGAACCUAUGUUUAAAACACAUGAAUUUUUAUUUUCCAAUCUGAGAGAUGUUGAUCCCAGAUUGUCUGUACCAUCACCCAACUCUGGGCAGCUCGACUCUCCGCAGACACCCACAGGGGCGACCGGGAUGUCAUCUGUAAAUACAGAUACCACUUACCUUCAGCAGCAAACUGUUUUUGAAGAGCCUCCCGUUGCGAUGGAAGUCACCUACAUGCUGCCCAACCCUCAGACUUCAGCAACAGACAACGACAACAUUCCCGAGGGGAGGAGCGAGGCAUACUGGAGCCAAAGAUCGUCUGACGGAGGUUCGCAGCUGUGUAACGGCUACACGCGCUUGGGCCUCGAUAGCCAGGACGACGACGGCGCGCGCGCUGUGCUAGAGGUGGACAGGGGCAUCAACCCGCAGGUGGAGGUUCUCGUCCUUCCAGUCCAGAUGUCCACGUGCGACAUCACCCAUCGUGAAGGUCUAACGGCGGUCGGUCUCCAUUCCAGCAAGAUUCCUUCCGUCGUAACAUCAUUUCCCAAUCCCAAACAUGACACUACAACAUCCGGGUACAUUGUGGACGUUCAAGCAGCGUCAUCGUCUGUUAUUGGCCAUUCUGAUGCCAGUCCACCGAGUCCAGCGGGUGUCGAAGAUAAACCCAGAUGCAACUCCCAGCCAGUGGCAGGCCGCAGCUGGACAACAGCUGCACACAGCUCUUACGUCCCUGUGACGAUGGCCUGCACGAGCAACACGUCACACGUCACUGUAACGUCGCCUGGCGGCGAACUUGCAGACAGCGAACAGCACUCACUCCUGCCGAGCGGAAGUAGUGCGAACCUCAGUGUCGAUGACAGUUCCGUUGCUUCGGCCAGCAGUGUUCGUUUGCACGGGGGAUACGUUCAGGCGCCAGGUCAGGGUCACGUCGACCCUUACGUCAUGCAGGCGCCAGUUAAUACGUCAGAAUCGUCAGACGACACGCGCAGUGACCCGUCAGACCGGUGACCGGCAACAUUUCCCGGAGGCGGGCAGCUGUAGAGAAGAAAACCUACAACUCUCAUAGUGUUUACUAUUCGCUAUCAGUGGAUGUGGGGUGGGUUGCACGAAGUUGCUUAUUGAAGUAUAAAAGUACUCAUUGACCCCCUUGACCCUUUAAAGUUUACAGUCGCUCGCGCCGCUUCUGCAGCUGACCGCUGGUCAUGUCUGGUGUGCAGCAGAAAGGCAGCUGCACAUUGAAACUUGUCCAUGUUGUGAGUUGUUCAGCAGACUACACGCAGUGCCUAUAUACAGACAGGACAACCUGUACACUUUCUUCUUGGUGACCCCUUCAGAGUUCACGAGGACCUUUGUAUGAGGGAAGGAGGUAGGACCGUUUCUGCGUGUGCACAUGGCGAGAAACACAGCAGCGGUACUCGAGUUGUUUAAACAGUCUUUGUGUAUAAAUCUACUGUGUGCACAGGUUGGGUGGUCCUGGCAGCGACCUUUUGUUUUUUUUGCACUCACUUUUCAUACGCAUGCGCGAACAGCCAAAUGCAGUUGCCGAUCUACACCUUCACCUUUGUGUCUGCUCAGUCUUUCUGUCCAAAAUGAAGCCUACACCCGGACCCUAAUCCGUGCUACUUACAGCUCUACAGGAAUGUUCGGACAAGAUAAAAAAAAACAAACCUACAAAAAUCCGAACUUAAGAAAUAUAACAGAAAAAUAAUCAACAAACAAAAUAAUUUAAUACACCUUACAAAAAAACAAAACAAAACAAAAACAACAAAAAACAAACAAACAAAAAACGAAAACAGAAACACAUACACAGCAAGUCCCCUUCUUUUCGCGAUAAAAGUCUUUGAUUAAAGUUCACUUGGUAACAGAUUUUGAAUCCGCCGUCAGGUCCGGAGCUCCAGUGUCAGACAAGCAGCAAUAUUCACUCUUCCCUUUUCAUCUUCAGUCUUCAGCGUUUAUACAACUGCAGCCCCUCAGUGAAUCCGUUAUAUCAAAGAAAGAGCGGCCGUCAUGAGACACUCACACCCAAGCAAAACACUCGCCAACCGCCCUCGUUCUCCGUUCUUAUUCAAACAACCACAAAAAAUAAAAUAAACAGCAGGUUCGUGCAAUCAUAAAUCUAAUCCAAACGUUAAGUAUCUGAAUCAUGAAUGUCGAGCUAACCUGUAAACAACACAAAAAAGACCCCCAAAAAAACAAAACCAACCAAGCCUCAGACACCUCAGAUACAGUGUGUGUAACCCUCACGUGCUCACACAGGUGAGGGCCAGUCGCGCAAGAAAUAACACCACAGAAAAUACAUUUUCCAAGUUAGCCGAUGGUUUAAAUGCUUCUCUCCAGGGUAUAGCAGGACGAAUGUAAUCCUUGAUACUAGAACUUCGUCACAUCUCAGUGAAACCACAAACACACUCGGCGACCAUCUGCAAUAUUCAAACAAAACUCUCAGGAGAAAACGUGCCUAACCCCCAACUCCGACUGCUUACAUCUUGUCCCUCAUCCAGUCUUCCCGAACAUUUCAGUUUUCACCCACCCGGUGUCUGUCACCACAGCCCAUGGCUAUGACCGCCAGGCCAGAUUUUGUAACUGUCGUCAACCGGCCGAGCUCCGGAAAGCCGCAAAUCCUGUUUGUCUGGGUGUGUGUGGAUGUGGGCGCCCGUGAGUAUAUAUAUAUACUGUAUAUACUGUAUAUGUGUGUCACCCCUUCCCAUCUGCCUGGCCUAGAGAAUCCGAGAAUAAGGACAGAACACCUAUAGGGGGCAGUGGGUCGCGCAGAGGGUGGAAAGUUCAGGGUACACACAAACACAAAGCGAUCACCGGUACCCUGUGCCUGCCUGACAGUAACAAAAAAAAAAAAAAGUAAAAAAUAUGAUUGCAAUAAUAAUAAUAAUAAUAAAAUCCUUGUUAGGGUGAUACACGCAUAGCAAAGACAAGAAAAAAAGCUCCAUCAAAAAUAAUAAUCUGCAACAUGGCAUUCAUUUUACCCACUACUCCUAAAGUGUCACAAAAAGCAGUCACCUGUCAUUAACUACAGGUAGAAAAUGUACUGCAGUGUUAUUAGACAACAUAAAAGAUGAAGACAUUGUGCGCAUGCGUAGCAGACAUUAUUACAAACUGUUCAAUAUUUCAUCAUGGAUAUAUCAGGUGGAGUCACUAAUAUUGAAUCUCACUUCCCAACCCCAGUAUCCUCAACCCUCGACAAGGAAACAGAUUAUUUUUUCAAAUACUAAAAGAGCAUUCAAAAGGGUGAAACCCACCUUGAUAAAGUACUGCGGGUGGAUUUCACAAGAUAAUGGCAUGGUCUUGUUUUGCAUGGGUGACACUAUGAUCCGGAUGAAGCCCCCGGUUAUUUGGGUGCAAUCUGAUCACAUUGCGCCUGACUUCCACCCGUUUCUGUUGACGAUUUUCACUUCUGCGUGUGCAGACAGAGUGUCUUAUUGUGGACUAGUCAUUAUGAAAACUGAGCCACCCAGACAUCCUUCAUCCCUGGCUGCUUGCAUUUCGUCGUCUUGGUUUCCACUCUGGCCGUCUUUACCCAUCCACCCUUGCGUGCAGCAAGGAACCCACCCGACUUUCCUCUUCGACACACUUGAGUUGCACAUGAACACUGUGAAUACACCCGAGUAUUGACUGUUUUAUUGUGGCAUGUACCCUGAUUGCAUGGCAGGGUUAGCGAGCUUGUUGUAAGGGAAGUGAGUGAAUUGUUUGUUUGCAAUGUUCAUGGCAGCGGUUUAUGGCCUUGUCACCCCGGGUACUUAGUGAGGUCUUGCAGCAUAUGUCAGACCUGUCUACUGCCAGAACUUUUCACCAUUAGCACUCCUAAUUAAAAUGAUUUUUUUUUGUUUCAUUUUGUCUUUCAUUUGUAGCAAUUCUAGUCAUGAUAUCUUUCUCAGCUACUGUCGUCACGGUCAGUAGUUUUCAAUAUAUUGUCAGAAAAAACUGGAAUUUGUGGAAUAUUUUUUUUUUGAAGAUUAAAUGUAUUCAACUCUUUAAA